AUGGAUGCAACUCUGAAAGAGCUGACCAGCUUAGUGAAAGAAGUCUACCCAGAAGCACGGAAGAAGGGCACACACUUCAAUUUUGCAAUUGUUUUUACAGAUCUCAAGAGGCCUGGAUACAGGGUGAAGGAGAUCGGCAGUACCAUGUCGGGCAGGAAGGGCACAGAUGACUCCAUGACAUUGCAGUCUCAGAAAUUCCAGAUAGGAGACUACUUGGAUAUAGCAAUUACUCCUCCGAAUCGUGCCCCGCCCCCAUCGAGCCGCAUGAGACCCUACUGA